AUGGCACGUGGGGCGGCGAAGCCCCGCGAUCUCGACUACUCGGCCCUGGGGACGCUGGGAAGACGUACCGGUAUAUCCUUGCAGGAGAGAAAGCGCGACGAGGAUGGAAUGGAGGAGAUGGAUGGACUCUUCUCUUCUCCUGAGAAGUCUCCCGCCAAGCUGAACGGAUUUGACGACGGUGACAACGAGGACUCGAUGGGCUCCGAUGUCAUGUCCAUAGAUGAAGGUAACGGCCCUGCCCCGGCGGACUUCUUUCAUUCAGCGAAGCGCCCUUCUUUACUACCUGCCCGGGUGGCAGAGGACUAUGCGGCAUCGAGCCCAUCAGAUGGUAAAGGCUUGAAUGCAAGCGCUCGCCAAGAGACCUCCCCAUUAACUACUCGCUCGGUGAACGCAGGCCCAAAUCGACCGAAACCUAGCGCUCAGCAAAACAGCAAGCCCCGAGUGGCAUCCAAUUCAGCCGUGAACGACUUUUCCGACGAUGAGGGCGACGAGAAUUCUUACUCAUUCCCGCCCGAGGAGAAUGACAUCGAUGAAAGCAUCAAUGCGGGUAAUGAGACAGUGAUCCCGGAAGACGAUGUCUCCAAUGUUUCAGGAAACAACAGUGGAACCGAGAACGACUCGCUUGGAGUAGCGCCAGACCCUCCGCAGAAUACAAAGGCCGGCACGUCAAGUUCAAAGGAGACCAAUAAAAGCCGAGCGUCCAAAACUGCUGAUGGAAAGAGCAAGAAGGCCAAUGACGGGAGACGCGGCCGGCCCCCGAAAAACUCGCGUCCCCACGACGACGACGAAUCGUCCAACAACAGGCCUCCAAAGAAGGCUAAAACAACAAAUGCAAAGUCUCGGGCUCCCCGCGAACCCUUAGACCCCGAGCUUAACAAAGUUGUGGAGAACUACGCGCAGCGCUCGGGCCCAUUGAAAGGCCGGAGCCUUUACAUCUUGAAGAAGGAACAUCCGGAGGAUACUAAUUCUACCCAUACACGGUCGGGCCGAGUUUCAAUCCGACCAUUGGCUUAUUGGAGAAACGAACGCUGCGUGUUUGGAGACGGUGAGGCUGCUGAGGGGCAACGGUACCCGAUGUCCACAAUCAAAGAAGUCGUGCGCACAGAAGAACUCGAACCAGAAAAGUCGAAGAGGGGCAAGCGCUCCGGGCGAAAGUCCAAACCCAAGAAGCAGCACGAGGAAUCAUCUGAUGAAGAGGACGAUCCCAAUGCCGAUGUAUGGGAGAAAGAGGAUGGAAUUCUUCACGGUUAUAUACCAACAUGGGAUUCCAAAACUCAAACCACCACUGCAGAUGAAGAGAUUGUCGAUAUCGCAUAUGCCCCCUCUGGUAUCAAGACCAGAGAGGUUAAGGACUCUACGUUCCGCUUUGCCAAAUUGCUCAGCUCGCACUUUAUUGGUUCCGGUGUGGUAGAGCUACCAAAGGACGGUAUUAAAAGACCCAAGAACUCCAAGAAGAUGCAUAUGGUCUUUUAUGUUACCCACGGCCGUGUUCAAGUAGAUAUCUCUGGCGUGCAGUUCAGCGCAGGCAAGGGGUCCGUAUUUCAAGUGCCUCGAGGUAACCAUUACAGCUUUCAAAAUCCCUACGAGAGAGAAGCCCGCCUGUUUUUCACCCAGGGUUGUAUUCCAAACGAGGGCGAGCAAUCAAACCCCUCAGAAGAAUCCCAUGCCGCAGCUCCAGAGAGUGGUCUGGAAGGCGAAAGUGACCCUGCUACUUCCAAAGCUUCAAAAAACAGGGGACGCCCCAAGGGCAAGGCCAAGGCCAAAUAG